CAAAAAUCCAAAAAUUUAGGGGACAACAACUAACCAAUAUCGCUCUAACAUGGAAAAAUGAAACGGAGAGGGGAAGACUCAUUUCCCGGGCAAACAAGCUCAAACAGCCAACAAUGGUGGCCACCACAACCACCAAGCUCUUCCUCAGACCACCCCACUCUCUUCCUCUCUUCUUCUCCCUCUUCCCCAAACCCCCUUCUUCUCUCGGAAAACUCCCACUCUCCUUCUCUUCCCUUUCCAUCGCCGCCGCCGCCGUUCCUUACGGCCCCUCCCUCCGCAAGGGCACGUUCCCUUCAUUCCCUGAACCCGAUUCCAGAACCUUCCAGAACCAAUCCGAACGCAGCGACGACGGCGAUUACCCCCUCGACGAAGAGCGUUUCACGAGAGUCUUCGACGUCGCGGCUCUCCGAGUCCCUUCCCGAGACUGCUUCGCGCUCGAGAGCCGCCUCCGGGGCCACCUCCUCAACUGGCCUAGGGUUCGCAACAUCGUCAGAAUCCCCGGGGACGACGUCGACGAGGAGAUGGCAGAGCUCGUCGGAGAAAGGGGCGGAGAAUUUGAAAUUGAAGAUGCUACGGUUUCGCUGAGUCGGCGAAUUUACGGGAAAGCGGAGGGCGACGGCGGCGAAUUGAGUCCGGUCCUGCGGAGGGAGGAGAUGGCGAAGAAUUUCGAUUCACGGGGAUUCCUGAAUUUUCGGAGCUUGGCGAGGAUGACGAGGCCGAGGAGGAGGAGGAAGAGGAGGGAGGAAGGGAAGAGGAGGAUUGGGAGGAGUGGGUUUGCGGUUGUGGAGGUUGUGGAAGAAGAUGAAGAUGAAGAUGAUGAAGAAGAUUUGAAGGGGUUGUUGGGAGAAGAGUUGAAAAGAAGGAAAUGGAGGGGUCCGACGAGGUUGCUGCUUUUGGACGAGAGGUAUUCGACGAAAUGCGUGGAUGAGUUGCCCCAGGCAAUCAAGGCUGUGCUAAAGGAGAAUGCCACGGAAUCGACCUUUGAGGUUGUGAGAUGCAAGCUUACUUUGUUCUAUGAUUACUGGCAGAUGAACGAGAUUUUGGAGGCUCUGCUGCCUGAGGGCAUGAUUGUUCCUUCAGCAUUUGAGACAGUUGGACAUAUUGCGCAUCUGAACCUGAGAGAUGAACAUGUACCCUACAAAAAGCUUAUAGCAAAGGUGAUUCUUGAUAAAAAUAAGCCAAAGAUUCAAACAGUGGUCAAUAAGAUCGAUGCGAUUCAUAAUGACUACAGAACAAUGCAGCUUGAGGUUUUAGGUGGAAAUCAAUCCCUUGUGACUACAGUAGUGGAGAACGGGUUGCGGUUUCAUGUUGAUUUAGCAUCAGUGUAUUGGAAUUCAAGGCUCGCAACGGAAAGACAGAGACUUUUAAAUGGCUUUACACGAAAAGAUGUUGUCUGUGAUGUUUUCUCUGGGGUUGGUCCAAUAGCGAUAUCAGCGGCAAAGAUUGUAAAAAGAGUAUAUGCUAAUGAUUUGAAUCCUCAUGCAAUUGAAUAUUUGGAAAGAAAUAGCGUUCUCAACAAACUUGAAAGGAAGAUUAAGGUCUUCAACAUGGAUGGAAGGAGAUUCAUCAUCUCAAUGUUUUCAAGUGAGAAGGCCUCUUCAAUUACACAAGUAGUUAUGAAUUUGCCCAAUGACGCUGUAGAGUUUCUAGAUGCAUUUUGGGGAAUCUUAAGAGGUAGAACUCAAGAGAAAGAGUUUCCACUACCAAUGAUCCAUGUUUACGGAUUCUCUAAAGCUCGAGAUCCCGAGUUUGAUUUUCAUGAGAGAAUAAGAAUUGCGCUGUCUGAAGUUGCGGUCGAUGUAGAAAUGCGAAGGGUUCGCCUUGUUGCACCCGGAAAAUGGAUGUUGUGUGCAUCGUUCAUCCUCCCAAAGAGUGUAGCUUUUGCAAAACCCAUGCAUGAUAUGUAAUUUAGGUUGGUAACAUAUAGGUUCUCAAAUUUUCUAUGUUGUCAUCUAGUUCAUGAUUCAUCCAAUACUAAUGUUGUAAAUUUGUAAUUUCCUUCCUAUCAAUGCUUUCUCUCCUCUCUCUCUCUUUCUCAUCAUUAGUUUUGUUUUGAUCUUCUAAGUAAUUUUCUAUAUACUAAUUUAUUUUCAAUAAAUUAAUUUUCCAUUGAGCUGUGAA